AUGGACGAGUUAAGAAGCAAGGUCCCCGAAUGUGCUCGUGGCCUUCCUAUUCUGGUGGUGGAUCAUGACACAACAUCUCUCAUGUACUUGGCAUCCAUGCUAGAACAAUAUUCCUACCAGGUGACAACGACUGAAGUAACAUCGGUUGCAGUGUCCAUGAUUCGAGAACGAAAGGAGAGAUUUAAACUUGUUAUGGCUAAUAUUAACAUGGAUGACAUCAACAGUGUUUCGUUUUUGGGCAUAUUGAUUAAGAUGGAUAUCCCUAUUAUAUUGAUGUCCUCUGAAAGAAGUCAAAAUGCUGCCCAAAAAGCCAUUGCUUAUGGGGCAUGUUUACAUCUAGAGAAGCCGAUUUCCUUAAAUGAUCUUCAAUACCUUUGGCAACAUGUGUAUCGAUCCGAUAAGGACUCUAUGAAGAAAGAAGCAAGUUUUGGAAAGGAAUCUGGAGCUACAAAGAAGAACGAGGCGGCCACUGACGCUAAGCCUACAGCCGCUAGAAAUGAUCAUUUCCGUGGCAUUGAUAUGAGUACGACGACCAAUGAUCUAAAAGGGGAGAAAACUCGCAUUGAACAGAUACUAGCCAUAGAAGGUCUAAAACAUGGAGGAUCCUCAUCUAAGACAAAGAGAUCAUAUGCUGAUGAAGAAGAAAAAAGAAAUGACAAGAGAAAACUACACCCUACUGAUUCUGAAGAAAGGGAAACUGCCAGUGAAGAGGGAGGGAAAGAAAAGAAAAAGAACCAAAGUAGCUGCUCUAGAGUGAGGAAGUCACGUCUUGUUUGGAGCCAGGAGCUCCACCACAAGUUUACAGCAGCCAUCAGUGCAUUAGGCGAUAAGAAUGCUCGUCCGAAAUUAAUAUUAAAGAUGAUGAAUGAACCUAAUUUGACACAUCGCCAAGUUGCUAGCCAUCUGCAGAAAUAUAAAGCUCAAGUCCAGCGUAUAUCCACAGCUUGCACCAGCAAUUUGUCCUCGGUUGCCAAUGCAUCUACAAGCAUUUAUGGCAAACCAGGACUUUUCUGCAUACCACAGCAGAACAAGUUAGUCUUGAGUCAUCUAGGACACAAAAGUCCCAACUUCUCAAUAGGAGACACUUGUCAAUAUCUAAAUUUUCCUCAAGAAUCAACAGCUCCUAUCAGUUCACUAUAUCAGAAUCAACAGUUUCCAAAUGUGCCUCAAAACAUCCAUCAAAAGCAACAUGUUACUCUAGAUUCAACUGAUUCAAUUAGUUCUUUGAAUCAGACUCAAGAACUUCCAAGCAUGCUCCCCUAUAUGCAUCAAAAGCUAGAUUUUAUUCCAGAAUCAACUGUUACUGCUAGCAUUUCAGUAAAUCAGAGUCAAGUUUUUGUGUCAUCGACUCAGACAAAAAAAAGUAUAGAUUUUGUGGCGGCAGAAUAUAGUGCAAUGCCAAAUGCAGACAAAUCUGUGACAGAGAUCAUUGGUCAGAACGCAGAGGUGGACACUACAACAUAUGCAGUAACUUCAACAAUACUUUCAGAAAAUCAGAAGCAACACUCACCAGAGUUUGUUGAUUUGUUGAAAGUUCUUGAUGAUGAGGCAGAUGAGUGUAGAGGUUCUGGCAUUGAACCACAUCCAGGUGAGGUUGAUCAAUAUUGCGAAUGGCUGAAAGAAGCUAUGCUAGGAAACAAUGAACAACCCUAA